AUGGACGGGGAUACAGGGAAGAAAACAAUUGCCUUCAGCAUUGACAGCAUCCUAAAUGGAACAACUUUGGAGAGAGGCAAUGAGAGUAUGGAGGAAAAAAACAAGGAUGGUCUAGGUCUCAAGUCUGGAGCAACUACAAAUACUAUGGAUCUUAAGCGUGUAUGCAUGUGCUGCUGCUACUGCUCACACUGUGGAGAAAUGCUACAGGCCGAUUACUUGCAUUCAGCAUGUCAGUUGGGAUGGACCAAGAGAGCUUUGACAGAGUCGUGCAUAGCAGGAGAGGCUCAGAGAAGAGAAACUAUCAGUCAAAUCCAGAAAAGAAUCCGGCGCCAUCGUACCAUCUUUACUGAGGAGCAGCUGGAUGCUCUGGAGGAGCUGUUUGAGCAGAACCAGUAUCCGGACAUCCACACUCGUGAGCAGCUCGCUGAGAGGACCCACCUGAGAGAGGAGAGGGUCGAGGUGUGGUUUAAGAAUCGAAGAGCAAAGUGGAGAAGGCAGAAGAGGCUACCAUUUAGUCUGCGUGGGCAAGAUGAAUGGAAGAAUGUUUUACACGGUGACUAA